AUGCCUUCCAACAAUAAUAAUCCCCCAAACAUAGACGUUGAUGUCGUUAAACGCUUGAGUCAGCCUUCAGCUCUCUACGACGAAGUUGUAAGGUACAUUCUAUCGACCGUCGGAUGCAAAUUACAAAAUGAAUCUACUCUAAGACUCGUAUCGCAUUCUGCCCAAAUUGCUCUCGAGAAGUUUCUUGAAGAGGCCAAGAGCGUCCAGGUAUCAAAUAGGCUAAAUAGAGCCGACUAUGAAGACAAUUUGAGUGUUUUAAAGCAGGACAUUAAGGAACUCGACUACCAGGCGAUUUGCGAAACGCUCCAAAAGUACGACCCUAACGUUCAUAAUUAUAACCUUUUCCUUGAACCAAAUGAAAAGUUCUAA